CUCAGUUUCCGGCUCCAUUUUGUCAGUGGUGUGCGUGUGUGUGUAUUUGUGUGUCUGCUAAAGCCAGUGAAGAGGAAUAACACACACACACACUAACUCUUCAGCGGGUUUAUUUUUUAUUUUUUUACACAGAUCACCAGAAAUGGACGGCAUUGGUGAUGUCGCAGUUGGUGUAAAGAGAGGAUCAGAUGAGCUGCUGUCCGGCAGCAUAUAUAACAGCCCCAGUUCUGGGCUGAGCAGUGUCAGCGAUACGACAUCCAAUGGCAGUGACAGCAAAAAACUUCGAGUUGAAGACAGAGUCGGCGAUGCCCCACCAUCCCGUGUUCUUCAUAUUAGAAAGUUACCCAACGAUGUCUCGGAAACAGAGAUCAUUGCCCUGGGGCUUCCGUUUGGAAAGGUCACCAAUAUCCUCACACUGAAAGGCAAAAACCAGGCAUUUCUGGAGCUCAGCACAGAGGAAGCUGCCAUGACAAUGGUCAAUUAUUACUCCGCUGUGACGCCACACGUCCGUAGUGUGCCGGUCUACAUACAGUACUCCAAUCACAAAGAACUCAAGACCGACAAUUCAAACCAGUCAGGUGGGACUCUCGCAUCAGGGGCCAACUCUAGCAAUGGUGGUGGUAUGGCCUCCAGUCCAGUGCUGAGGAUAAUCAUUGAUAACAUGUUUUACCCUGUCACUCUGGAUGUGCUGCAGCAGAUCUUCUCAAAGUUUGGCACCGUCAUGAAAAUCAUCACAUUCACCAAGAACAAUCAGUUUCAGGCCCUGUUGCAGUACAACGAUCCAGCCGGUGCACAGCAAGCUAAAGUGGCUCUAGAUGGUCAGAACAUAUACAACGCCUGUUGUACACUUCGCAUAGACUACUCAAAACUUGUCAACCUGAAUGUAAAAUACAAUAAUGAUAAGAGCAGGGACUACACUAGGCCAGAGCUUCCUGCUGGAGAUGGGCAGCCGCCUGCUCUGGACCCCUCUGUGGUUGCUGCCCUGGGUAAAGAUUCUGGUUCCCUGCUCGGUAAGAUCCCAGGUGCUCUGAGCCCGUUGAGCGCGGCUGCUGCCGCCGCUGCUGCGGCUGGAAGAGUUGCUCUGUCUGGGCACUCGGGAACCAGUGGAGUGCUGCUCGUUAGCAAUCUAAAUGAAGAGAUGGUUACGCCCCACAGUCUGUUUACCCUCUUCGGGGUUUAUGGGGACGUGCAGCGUGUGAAGAUUCUUUUUAAUAAGAAAGACAGCGCACUGAUACAGAUGGCCGAUAUGAACCAGGCUCAGCUUGCGAUGAGCCAUCUAAACGGACAGAAGAUGUUUUCAAAGAUCAUACGUGUUACGAUGUCGAAGCACCACACCGUCCAGUUACCGAGAGACGGUUUAGACGACCAGGGUCUCACGAAAGACUUCACAAACUCACCACUACAUCGUUUCAAAAAACCAGGGUCCAAGAACUUCCAGAACAUUUUCCCUCCUUCUGCCACACUCCAUCUGUCAAACAUCCCGCAAGACAUAACUGAAGAAGACCUCAAAAUCCUGUUCUCCAAUUCCGGUGGCACUGUGAAAGCCUUCAAGUUUUUUCAAGAUCAUAAAAUGGCCCUAAUUCAGAUGACAACCAUCGAGGAAGCCAUCCAAUGCCUCAUCGACCUCCACAAUUACAACAUGGGUAAUAACCACCACCUGAAGGUCUCCUUUCUCCAAAUCAACCAUCUGAAGCAAUUUGAGAGGUCUUGAUCCCAAGAGCUUUUCUUGCGUUACCUGUUGACUGUUUAAAUACACUGGGGACCACAUUUUUGAGAAUUUAUUUUCCCAAGUUUCAUUCCACAAGAAGUUGUUGAAAGAUGGAAAUAUUGUGACUGUUUUCAAGGACAUUUUUUACCCCGUUUCCUCUUGUCAGCACUCUGACACAUAACCUCUUCAAUGGCGGAAAGGUGCUGUGGUGUAAAGUCUGGACCUCUUAUAAUAAACAGAAAAGAAUGUGCCUUACAAAACUUGCAGAAAUCUUUUCAUACUACAUAUUCUCAAACCCAGGCAGUCAUCUGAGGGUGAGAUUAAAUUUUGUUAAAACAAACAAACAAAAAAUUCAAUUUUGUGUCUAAGCCAUUCAGACGUUUUCCUUUUUAUUUUAAUUUUUUUGCAGUUUGUUCAGUUCUUAAUGUCUGUGACAUUUUGAUUUAAGAAUUGUAAAUACAACUGUGAUUCUUUAGUGAUUAACACUUAGAAGUAAGGCCCAUUCUUAACCCACCAAUCCCACAAAAAACCUUAUGUUUGAAAGGUAACGAGAAUGAAACCUUUUUAUUUGCACAUUUUACACCAUUUUUACCUAGCUUUUCUUUCAUCUAUGUGCAUUGUCUUUAUCCUAAGUGGGAAGUUACAACAUACUUUUCUCUGCAUGUACCAACUGGUGCAUCUUUAUUCCUAGUUGUUGCAUGGAUUGGAAAUCACUUCUUUGUGAUAAUAUUUUUAUUUUUUUUUGAAAGAUGACUACAGUAGAAGGGACCAAAGUUUAUGUGCCUAAAGUCUUAAUUUACUCAAGGAUUGAGCAUUUUAGUUCACAUUUUAGACGAAAAGAGACUUGUGGACCGGCUUAUGGGAAGAGCUGAAAAAAUAAAUAAUAUUGAUUGGCAAUCUACACUGGGAUUUAUUAGAGGGACACAAGGAUUGUGUACAUUUAGUUUUAUUUUAUUUUUUAAAAAAAACCUUUUUUUUAUUUUUAUAACCAUGCAGGAAUGUAUGAUUCGGCAUAGAUCUAGAUGUGACAAAAUUAAAAUAAUUUUUCUAACAAAAUCGGGAAGAUUUGACUCUGUUGUGUGUUUUGAUUUCUUUUACUCUUUCCUGUUUUCUGCUUUUAUCUGUAGCAUGCUCAAUAAACACACGUGUAGUUCUGUAUUUGCUUUCUCUCUCUCUUUUAACGGUUCUGACAUUUUGUUUUCUUUCAGAGUGGGAAAAAACGUAAAGUUUGAAGUGUCAAUAAUUUCGGCAAAACAGAUUUGUCCAAAAAAUGUAUUUAGAUUUGUUUGGCAUGAAAAGUGUAAAAAAAAGAAAAAAGAAAAAAAGAAUCCCACUCUGUAAAUCUUUUCGCUUCUGACCCAUCCAUCCUUCCUGGAUGUGAAAUUGCUUUUCCUUUUACUUGAUCCUUUUAGUUGAUACUUAAUUCUGUGUCACAUGUUCAUGUGCUUCAGCCCUUCCACUCCUAAAAACAUUGAUCCUUGCAGUGAAUUUCUCAAUUUCUCAAGUGAAUUUUCUUUUAAAUUAGUCUGAAUUUGCUUAAUUUUUCAUUGCACAUUUUGUUUUCGAAUAUGCUCUGAGACUAUUUUUUUUACUGUUAUAAUCAAGUACUACUUUUGUGAUAUUAAGUGUUUGACCAACCAUUGAAAAGAUCUUUUCUUUCUCUUCAAAGGAAGAUGUUUCUGUUGUCGUUAAAACCAUUAAAAAGUGCAUGAAAUCUGAGCCACA